AUGCUAAGCGACGACAACCCUGUUUCGUCCUCCCCACAACCUCCCAGGUCUGGCCAGACUGUUCAUCCUAUCCUUCCUGCUCAACAAGCAGCAGCCGUGCCAGAAGCCCGCGCCUUACGAGGAUCAUCAGCUGGCAGUAGCCAGGAUAAUGGAUACGGCUCUCCACGCCAGGAGCUUGAGCGGCGCGCGACGGUAACACCAAAUCCACCACCACCACCACCACCAGCAUCGGCGCACCAGCAGUCCUCGCCCUUUAGCUUUAUCGCGCCGAAGCCAUCUCUUCCGCCCUUCUCGGAAUAUCACAGCGGGUAUUCUGAUGCCGACCUCGAAGAAUCCUCCUCCACCUGUCCAUCACCGUCACCCUUUGGGCCACCACAUAAUAAACAUCUACACCGCCGGCAGCAGUCAUUCCCCAACUUGUUCCCCCUGGCACUGCGGAACCAAAGCCGGACCCCUUCCCCGACGAGGAAGAAGACGCACCAUCAACGAUUUCCGUCUGAACAAAUGCCAUACACAGGAGAAGGGAGGAUACGCCAAAGGGCGGAAAGCCCACGAUCAGGCCUGGCAGGGUGGUUAAGUGGAACAGCAGCAGGGUCAGCGCUGGGGAUGACCCCGAACAGCAGCAUUGAUGACCGGACCAACAACAACAACUCCAGCACCACCCCGACAACGGGUGGCAAUGAUAAAAAUCAAAUUUCUGAAGCCCCUGACAUGAUGACACCCACCCGUCCCCCCCCUCAACGAUCAUCUCUCCCACCACCUCCCACCCCAAAAACAGCCACCACCACUCCCGCAGGAGGAGGAGGAGGGACUAUGACAUCGCGGUUCAUGUCGGCCUUUACAUCCCGCUUCACAGCCCCAACCACACCGACAACCUCGACAAUGGAAGCCGCUGACGAGCUGUUGACGCUCAACAUUGAAACCGCCUUGUUUCCCCCUUCCUCCACCCCAGGAAACGAAACAUUCUCCCCCGCCGCCUUUAAAAACUUUCAAGCCAACGCUGUCGGGUUGCUGACUAAAUACCAAACCGCCUACAAAUCCCAGUCAGGCACAAUCCACAACCUACGUCAGGAACACUCCGCCCAGAAAGACGAGCUGGAAGAGGCGGAAACAAGGGCGAAGCACCUGAAAUUUCAACUGGAAAACAUGGCCAAGGAGCUGGCGGAGCAGCAGCACAAGGUUCGGGCAUUAACUGAAGAACUCCAGCACGAAAGGGAGAGGAGUAAAGCCCCCUCUGUGGUGUUAUCUGAAGAUCUCGGUGUUGACAAAAUCCGGCAUCAUAAGCGCCGCAGCGGGGAGAGCUGGUCAGCGGAUGAUGACGAGGAGGUGGAGAGCGCGGAGAGUGAAAGUGUGUUUAGCAGUAGGUGUAGGAGCCCGGUGCCGGAGACGCCUGUACAGGGGGGGUUUCCCGGGGGGAAUAGUAAGUUGGGCACGCCAAUAACUAGCAGCACGACGCCGAGACAGCAGACGCAGCAGCCGAAGCCGGUGACGAUGAAUGCCUUUCAAAAGAUUUUUAGGGGGGUGGUGGCGGCCGGGGAGGAAGGGGGGUGUAGGAACUGCAAAGGGCAGGAUGCGAGUGUGGCUUGGGAUACGGUUGGCUUGCUGAGGGAUGAGAAUAGACAGCUCAAGACACGGGUGGGGGAGCUGGAGGGGGCGGUGGAAGGGGCAUUGGAUUUGGUUAAUGGGAUUGGCAUGUGA